AUGAGGCUGGUGUUGGCCAUCCUGUUACUCCUCACGCCGAUAAGACUCCAGCAUGCACAGGAGGACUGUGAUGCUGGGUCCUGCCACCCGGCUGUUGGGGACCUUCUGCUGGGUCGCAGCAAGCAAUUAACAGCCUCAUCAACCUGUGGAAUGAAUGGCCCUCAGAAGUACUGCAUCAUAGGCUACCUAGAGGCUGAACAGAAGUGCUUUCUCUGUGAUUCCCGAUACCCGUAUAACCCCUAUAUGCAGCACAACAGUCACAUGGUUGAAAAUGUUAUCACAACUUUUGAGCCUGAUAGGAAAAAAAAGUGGUGGCAGUCAGAAAAUGGCGUUGACCAUGUCAGCAUUAGAUUGGACCUAGAAACUUUAUUCCAGUUCAGCCAUCUUAUCCUGACUUUUAAGACAUUUCGGCCUGCAGCAAUGCUGGUUGAGCGCUCCACUGACUUUGGUCAGACCUGGAAAACAUUUAGAUAUUUUGCACAAGACUGUGCAGCUUCUUUUCCCAACAUCUCUUCUGGUCCAGCAAGAAGUGUGGGAGACGUCAUUUGUGAUUCAAGAUACUCAGACAUUGAGCCCUCCACUGAAGGCGAGGUUGUUUUAAAAGCUUUGGAUCCCAGUUUUGAAAUAGAAGAUCCAUAUGUGCCAUAUAUCCAAGAGCUCAUUACGUUGACAAACCUAAGGAUCAAUUUUACUAAACUCCACACCCUUGGGGAUGCUCUGCUUGGAAGAAGGCACAGUGAUCCCCUCGAGAAAUACUACUACGCUCUCUAUGAGAUGGUUGUGCGGGGCAGCUGCUUUUGCAAUGGCCAUGCCAGCCAGUGUGUUCCCGUGCAGAAUCUGCGGGGAGAUGUUUUCCAUCAGUCUGGGAUGGUCCAUGGGAGGUGUAUCUGCCACCAUAACACCGAAGGCUUGUCCUGUGAAAGAUGUAAAAAUUUCUACAGUGAUGCUCCCUGGAGGCCAGCUGAAGGGACACAAGAUAAUGCUUGCAAAAGGUGUAACUGCAACGGCCACUCUGGCAGAUGCCACUUUGACAUGGCUGUGUACCAGGCCAGUGGAGGGGUCAGCGGUGGUGUUUGUGAGGACUGUCAGGACAACACCACAGGGCAAUACUGUGACCAGUGUAAACGCUUCUUUUACCGGGAUCCACUCAAAGCCAUCUCGGACCCUCACGCAUGCCUCCCCUGCAACUGUGACCCAGAAGGUACAUUGCACAAUGGCCUGUGCGAGAGCCGCACAGAUCCUGCUCUGGGAAUGGUCGCCGGCCGGUGCCUUUGCAAGGAGAACGUGGAGGGUGUCCGCUGUGACAAGUGCAGGGCGAACUACUAUGGGCUGAGCGGCAGUGACCCUCUGGGCUGCCAGCCCUGCAGCUGUGAUCCCGCCGGCAGUCUGCCUUUCUCCAUCUGUGAUCCCACCACUGGAGAGUGCCUCUGCCAGCGAUUUGCCACAGGGCGACGCUGUGAAAAAUGCCUCGAAGGAUACUGGGGUCUUGGCAACAGCUUGUAUGGCUGUUCUCCAUGUGACUGUGACAUUGGUGGGUCCCAGAAUAACUUGUGCUCACCAAAGGACGGUCAGUGCAAGUGUCUGCCCAACGUCAUGAGCCGCCAGUGCAAUGAGCCAGCCCCAGGCUACUUCUUUUUGCCUCUGGAUUAUUAUAUUUAUGAAGCUGAGCAUGCCAAGCCCCUUUCUGGCUCUGCACCCUUGGGUGAAGUGCAGUUUGGACAGGACUCGGCUGUGUCGGUGGUUUUCAGGCAGCCCAGCGCCGGCCGGUCUGUCACAUGGACGGGACCUGGCUUCGCCCGUAUUCCCAGUGGAGCUGGGCUGAGAUUUGCCAUCAACAACAUUCCCUUUGCUAUGGACUUUGAUAUCGUGAUCCGUUAUGAGCCUGAGUCCUUGGAAGACUGGCUAGCAAGUGUUGCCGUCCAGCCCGCUGGGAUUUUGUCAAGUCAACACUGCAAAAACAAGGGCCUUUCACAGGAGCCACAUGCGUUGCCUCUCCCAGCUACAAAGAGGAUUGCACUUCUUCAAACACCAGUCUGCCUGGAGCUGGGAACAGAGUACUCUGUGGAUGUGUAUUUUUCUCAGCCCUCUGCCUCUGACCCAAAGGCGAAAUCUUUCAUCUUGAUUGAUUCACUUGGACUUAUUCCCAGAAUCGGCUCCUUGGAGAACUUAUGCAGCAAAAAGGAUUUAGAUGAGUACCAGAAGUAUCACUGUGUUGAAAUUGCCUCAGAAGUUGGACCUCACGUCCUGCCCGAAGCGUGUGCCUGGCUCAUAGUGAGCAUGUCAGCCCGUAUUCACAACGGCGCCGUCGCAUGUAAGUGCAACCCCCAAGGGUCGCUGGAUACCAGCUGCAGUAAACUGGGGGGCCAGUGUCAGUGCAAAGCCAACUGCCACCCGCAAGGCUCGCUGAGCACACUGUGUGACCAGGUGACGGGGCAGUGCUCCUGCCGCCGGGAGGUGGAUGGUCAGCGCUGCAGCCGAUGUCUGGCUGGGUAUUUUGGAUUUCCUCACUGCCGCCCUUGCCCGUGUAACGGCUAUGCAGACCUUUGCGACCCAGUGACUGGAGCAUGCCUGAACUGCCGCGGGUUUGCGUCUGGAAGCCACUGUGAAAGGUGCAUGGAUGGCUAUUAUGGAAACCCUCUGCACGGAGAACCCUGCCGCCCAUGCAUGUGCCCUGGGGCGCCUACAAGUAAUAGGUAUUUUGCACGUUCCUGUUACCAGGAUUCCCAGUCUGCACAACUAGUCUGCAAUUGUCUCGAGGGAUAUUCAGGCAGUCGGUGCGACGAGUGUCCUAGUGGGUUCUACAAAAACCCAGGCAGCCCUGGACUUGACUGUGCGCCAUGCCCCUGCAAUGACAACAUUGAUGUGACAGACCCAGAAUCCUGUAACCACGUCACUGGGGAAUGCACCAAGUGUUUACACAACACCCACGGAGCAAACUGCCAGUUCUGCAAACCAGGGUAUUUUGGCUCAGCCCUUGAUCGAAACUGUCAAAGGUGCACGUGCAAUCUGGUGGGUGUUCACCCUGCCAUAUGCCCAGGGGAGAACACAACCUGUCUGUGUGACUCAGUUACAGGAGCUUGCCCUUGCCUACCCAACGUGGUGGGCCUGACAUGCCACCAGUGUGCCUCUGGCUACUGGGACCUGGCUAGCGGAAAAGGAUGUCGGAUCUGUGACUGUGAUCCAAAAAAUUCCCAAAGCAACCAGUGCAACCAGCUUACAGGCCAGUGUCCAUGUAAGCUAGGUUACAGCGGAAGACGUUGUGAUGAAUGUGAGGAAAAUUACUUUGGCGACCCCCAGACACAUUGCAUUUCGUGCGAGUGUAACCCGGAGGGAACUGGCCAGCCCAAGUGUGACAAAGCCACCGGCGCAUGUAACUGCCGCACGGGAGUCACUGGCCGGUCCUGCAACCAGUGCAGCCGCGGCUUUGAGAAAGACUUUCCCUCUUGCCAUCAGUGUCAUCUUUGUUUUGAUCAGUGGGACACCGCCAUUACUGCCCUCGGUCAGACUGUUCAGGGGUUAAUGAGGUUUGCUGCAAAUCUCGGAGAUAAAGGAGGACGAAUGCCCAGCUGUGACAUGCGCAUCAAAGCUUUCGAAGAUGCCAUUUCUGAAAUUGAAAGAAUUUUGAGACAUCCUGUUCUUUCACUGGAGGCCCUCUCAGGCAUCAAGGAUUUUCAGGCCUACAUUCAACAAGAAGUCGCACAAAUGGAUCCCCUUCGCAGAACGCUGUAUGAGUUUCCUGAUCUUAACAAGAACAUAGAAGACUUCGGAAAAGAAGCUGACCUAGUGUAUGAACUUCUACAACAGAAAAUACAUCUGCAUCGCAGUUCUCAUUACUCGAACCUCAAAGAGGCCAUCAGCAACAUUAGGAAACACUUUGAAAUAUCGUUGGUGGCAGAACAGAAGACCAGUGGGACAACCCCUGUCAUAAGACACUCAGAGCACACCAGGAGCCGUACACUGACUGUGUUGGGACAUCAGGCCUUGAAAGAAACCAAUGUGCUGGAGAAGCUCAAGAUGAUCAAGAGCCCCGACAUCCACAACUUGAACGAAAAGAUCUGUGGGGUGCCAGGAAGCCAGCCCUGUGUCACAGCAGCCUGCGGGGGAGCUUUGUGCCAGGACAGUCAUGGAUGCAGGCAGUGUGGUGGCCCAAACUGCAGUGGAGCUCUUCCUCUCUCCACUGAUGCCUUCAAGAAAGCUGAGGAGACUGCUGAGUUGCUAAGUAACCUGACUACUCAGCUACAAGAACCUGAGAAUCAGGUUGGAAGCAUCAGGCAAAUGGCAGAAGACGGCAAGUUGAAAGGCUCACAAUUUAAUGGGCAACUGGAGAGAGCUAGGACCCAAAUUGAAGUUGACCGAGAGAUCACUAAGGAGUUCAUCCAGAAGGUGAAAGCCUUCUUGUUAGAUGAGAGCGCGCCUCCAGAAGACAUUGAGAAGGUUGCAAGUUACGUUCUUCAAAUCAGCCUUCCCCUGACUCCACGAGAGCUCACGGGCAUGCUUGGCAAAAUCAGGAGCGUCAUGAACACCUGUGAGAAGUACAGACUGAAUGCGAGUAAGAGAAACAGAAAGAGGGAAGAAGCCGGGAUGCUGCUGGUGGAGGCACAAGAAGCCGACAAAGCAGCUAAAGCUCUUCUGCCUGUGGAUGAAAUUAAUAAUAAACUAAAAAAUGCUGUGAAAUCCCAAGGACGCUCCAAAAACACUUUCAUAAAGUUACAGGAAGAGAUAAGAGGCAUCAGAACACAAAUCUCACAGGCUGAGAACCAAGAGAACAAGACAAACGAUGAACUAAAAGACUUGUCAGCAAAACAGUCUGAGGUGGAAGAUGAAAUUGCCACAUUGCAGGCAAAAAUGCUGAUGAACAAGAAUGAAGCUACAAAGGCAAGAGCAGGGGCAGAAGCUGCACACAAGCAAGCCCAGAAUAUUGAUAACGAAUUUGCUGACAUUAAAAGAAAGUACACCAUCCUUCAAGAAAAGCUAAAAGCCCGAGGACCUCCAAAAGUAACACUAGAAAAAGUGAAGCAGCUGAAAGAAGAAGCAGAAAAACUGGCUGAAGAGACUGAAAAAAAAUUUAAAAGAAUAACAGAUUUGGAGAAGAAGCUUCAGGACCUGAAUCAAACCAAACAGGACAAGGCAGAGCAACUGAGACAACUAGAGGAACAAGUGAUAGCCAUUAAAAAUGAAAUAAUGGAGCAGGAAAGCAAGUAUGCAACAUGCAAAAGUUAG